AUGGAUGAACUAGAGUAUACUGGAGGAAAGAUUUGCGGCAGAUUACUACCGGAAGGCACAUCAAAUAACGGCGAAACAAAUGAAGAGCAGGAUUUGCAGGAGAUAACUGAUUUAAGUGGUGUCAAUGAAACUCUUUUGUCUUUCGAGCCGUUUUGUCCUACCUUAAUUGACAUGCCAAAAAGGCCAGGCUGGUUAAAGAGAACCAUCAAAUCCGCUGGCUCGACCAUAUCGAAGAUGCGCGGCAGCAGUUCAAAACCCAAUAGAGUUACAGAGAAGCAGAAAUUAACGAAGAAUGCUACACAACCCCUUGCUACUUAUCACAUGAAUGACAUUACUCUGUCAGCUAUGAAAAGCGAAGAAAGUAAGCCUGUCAGUGAAGAGGUGGAGAUUUUGUCGUAUUCUUCGGUCAGAUCUGGAUUUGACAAUCCGCCUCCGCUCUCAGCUACUUGUGAUGCACAUUCUGCAAAUGUUAUCGACGAAAGCAAGAUCGACAGCAGCAGUGCAACUGCUGUUGAUGUAAAUGAAAUGUCUGAAAAUCAGCAUUUAGGUAAAAAAAAAGAUGAAACGAAAGAUAAACAAGAUUUUUGUGGAGAUGGAAACACGAGGCUAUCAAAGAUCGAGAAGCUUCUUCAAAACGAUAGGGAAUCAAAGACGUACGUGGAAAAAUGCUCUAAAUUUGCCAAAUAUUACAUGGAAUCUGUGAAAUUUAGAUAUGAGGAUCUCGAAAAGGAAUGUAUAUUUGAUCCUAAUGUGUUUAAUAUAAAUGAACCAAGUCCUUUGCAAAAGUUUAAAGAUGCAGAGAACAAGGAGAAGAUAAUUUCAGAUCCAGAAUCUCCUGCUUUUUGUGUCGAGAACGACCAUGAAAGUUCCAAGGUUCAGCUACGGAGAAAAGUAGGGUUUGUUGCACAAGAUGGCCACGAAAUACAGCUAUUCGAUAGUAAUCUUCCACCAUGCACAACAGAACGGAAUAAAAAUCAUACUAUUCCCCCUACUUCAAAUGGGGUAUUGUCCACAUCUAAUAGGAUCUUCAAAUAUACUGACAGUUACAACAAGUUCGAAGAUGUUACAAAACUUGGACCGGUUCCAUUCCCAGAUCUAUCACUUAAGGAGAGGAUGACUGCAUUAUUCGAAUUAGUAGGUGCCCCAGAAGAGUUAAAGGAGUGUAACGAUCUAAGGCUAUCCUUAACGUGCUUGCAUCCAUGUUUAGCCAAAAUAUUAGGCUUUUUAUGGAGAAACAUUAAUGUAGGAUUGAAAGAGAACAAUCACUUAAGAAAUAUGGUGAAAAGAUUAGAAAAGCAGCGCCUCAUCGACUCAACUGCACAUGAGAGUAAACAGGAAGAAUUUUCCAAGUUGACCACUAUACAUGUUCAGAAGUUGAAUGAUCUUGAACGUACUUUACAGGAGGUAGAAGUUCAGUAUUCUAGACAAAAGGCGCACAAUAAUUCAUCAUUAGAACUUGUGAAUACCGCAAUGGAAGGCAUGACCGGUGUUUUAAAUCUGUUUUUCAGUCAAGAGUUUUACGAAGAGUGGCAGAAAGAUACAAAAGAUAGAAUUGAUUCAUUAAUGGUAUAUUUGAAUGAUAUAUGCCAAUAUUUCAGCACAAUGCAAACCGAAAUGAUUCUAAAAUUGGAACAUAAUGCCGAAAUGAACGAACUUACAGAGAGAUGUGAGUUCUAUACCGAGAAUUGCUCUUUGUUAGAGAGAGAAAAUGAAUCUUUGAAGGCAGUUGCCAGUGCAUAUCGUCAAUUACAGGACAUUGUCACGGAAAAAAACAUUAUAAUAAGCUCAUUGGAGGUAGAAAAUCGUUCUUUGAAAAAGCAAGUGGAGACAAAGGCAAAGGAUUUGGAGCUUUUGUCAGUGAAGCAUGAAAGGGAAAUUGCUAAAUUAAAAGAUCUCUCAAAGGCUGAAAGAGGCAGAAUUUUAAAGGUUUGGGACAGAACAGACUACGAGAAGGCAUUGGAUUCAAAAGAAGAGGAAAUCGUUAAGUUAAACCACCGUAUCAGUCUAUUGGAUCUGAUAAUAGACAACAAGGUGACAGAAAUAAAAAAUAAUGAGAGCAGAUACAGGGGACUUGAGACAAAAGUUGCAAUUUUAAGUAAUGAAAACAUAGUUUUAAAGUCAAAACAUGACGAGGUUAUCAAAAAGAAGAAGGAAGACCUUGCAUUUUUCAAUGAGAAGUUUCAAAAAAGGUUGUUAGCGAUGAAACGUGAAAUAGAUAAAAAUGCUGACAUGUAUCAUAAUGAACUACAAAGCUACAGGACUAAUUACGAGAAAACUUUAAGUAGUGCCUUAAAAGUUACUCUUAAAGCAGAAUCUGCGCUUAGUGCCAUAUACAGCAAUAAUGUGGAUAGAUUCGGGUCUACAAACCGGACUUUGAAUUAUUUUAUGAAGAAAAGAGAUAUGUUCCAAAAUAUCAGAGACAAUAUGGUCUCCAACAAGCCCAAACCAGAAUACAAACCUGCGAUCACCAUUACAAGUGUUAGUGAUGGCAUAGAAAAUAAAGACAAUAGAAACGAAGAGUUACACUACAUAUCAGAACAAAAACAAGGUUUUAAUGAUUCACUCCGUGAGCUUAAAGUAGCCAAUGUGAAUAGCAACUGUUCCUCAAGGUCGAAACACAACGCUAAACAAAUUAUACAAAAGCUCCGAGAGUGGAAGCAAAACCAAAACACAUCAGAGCUAUCGCCAGACAAAGAAGAUUCCAUAUUUUCAACUGGAAUUGAGACAGAUUAUUCAACUUCAAAUAUCGCACAGUUAUCCACUAGGAACUGGGCUAGCGCUUUGAAGAACAACUAUAACGCCAAGUACUUGGAAUCUAUCUGA